CACACCUCCUCUGUUAUGAUGUGACAGCCCUCCUCCUCCUCCUCCUCCUCCUCCUCCUCCUCCUCCUCCUCCUCCUCCUCCUCCUCCUCCUCCUCCUCCUCCUCCUCCUCCUCCUCCUCUUCUCUCUCCAUCACUCCGUGCUUCGCCUCUCCUCUUCUUCCUCGGGGUUUCUUCCUCAGACCCAGCACCAUGUUUCUGACGUGAGGUCGGUCAGCCUGAGCGGUCGGUGUGUUUUUGGACCGGCUGGAUGCUGUGAGCGGCGGGAAGUCAGAGUCAGACUCGCAUCCUCCACUGAGUGCCUUUGUUUCGGAGCAGCAGCAGCAGCAUGGAUCUGUCCUUCAUGGCCGCGCAGAUCCCAGUCAUGACUGGGGCCUUCAUGGACUCCUCACCCAACGACGACUACAGCGGCGAGCAUUCGCUCUUCAACUCUUCGGCGAGCGUCAACGCGGCGGCCUCGGCCGCCUCGGUGCACGGCCAGCCGGAGGAGCAGCAGUCCAUGUCCAGCGACGCCAUCUGGCUGUGGAUCGCCAUCAUUGCGACUAUAGGGAACAUAGUGGUGGUGGGCAUCGUCUACGCCUGCACGUUCUGAUGGAGACGCUGCACCGACUCUGCAGUCACCCAGAUGGUUUUCAGAACCGAGGUUCUGCAGAACCAACAUCCUCCACGUCUGAACUGACCUUCCUCUGUUUCUCACCUGUUUUUUUUUCUUUUUUAGUUGUUUUAGAUCUGCUGAAGUUUCAGAGAUCAGUGACGUGUCGACUUCCAGCUUUCUGUGCUGAACAGGAAGGCUGGUUUUCUCUUUAACUGAAGAUGUUUAUGUUUUAGAAGAUGGUUAUUAACUUUAUGUUUCUUUCUCCCGCUAAUUAUUUUACUUAAAUGUCUUUUUGUGUGUUUUGUUCUGAACAGCAGCUUUCUAGUUACUACAAAAAGAUUAAAUUGGGUCCAAAUUCUGGUUAAAUCUUAAGCCUCCAUGAAACAACCAGAAAGCCUGUGGAAACGGGUCUGGACUGACCCAGGUGUGUCCAGCCUGAUGCUGGACCUCUGUGGGCCCUGAGCUUCUCCUCCUGAUGGAUCCGGUCGACCCGGUUCUACAGGAACCAAAACUCCAGCCUCUGCUCCACCUUCAGCUGCUGUGGUUCUGUUUGGUGUUCACAUAUGAAUUUGAACAGAACCAGAGUUCACUUCAACCAAACCAGACCGAGGUUUGGAGGACCAGAGGUCAGAGGUCAACUAACGUUCAUACCUCUCCAACCGGACUGGACUUUCUUCAUAAACGGACCGGAGUCGGGUCAAAGCGGACUGAACCGGGCUGGAAGGAGUCCAGGCUUAGAGGCUGAUCCAGAACAUCACUGGGUUCUGGAGGCUGAGCCAAUCAGGGCAGCAGGACGGUCAGGUUUCCAUGCCAACAGGACUGGAUCCAGCAGCAAGGCGACCAGCUGAUUUCUAACACAUCUGACCGAGAGGAGAGAAAAGUAACAACUGAAAAUCCAACAGAAAAUAUUUGUCCACUGCCAGCUGAAAUACAUCUGUCACUUCACAGCCACAACCAUUCAUAAAUAACUCUGGUUUUUAGUUCAGAUUUCCAGUUGUAGGCGAAAAAUAAUUAGAAGCAGAAGUAAAAGUAAAAUCUCUGAAACUAGUUUGUACUAAAUGAUGUUUGAAAUGUGAAGACACGUCCAGAAGUAACAAGGGAAAUGAGUUAGAGCGUAUCUAAGGUAAAACUGAAGUAAAACCAGAUGUUUAAGGAAAACAUUUCUCCAUUUCUUGGUUCAGACUUGUUGCAGUUUAAAUGUGUUUUUGAGGUUCACCUCUGACUUCACUGGACACUGACUGAGUAAAACUGGACCUGAGCAGUGAAUCCGUUUGGACAAACAGGUCAGCAAAAAGAGUGGAGGAUCAUCAACACAAACGUCAGACCCCAUCCAUCACAACAUUUAGAUUUGGAACAGAAACGUUUUAUUCAGCAGUGAAACUCUGCAGAUCCUUCAGAUUUCCUGUUUUACUGCUGCAGCUGCAGGAGGCCCAGCAUAAAGUUUCUGUUGAAGCGAUUAUUGUUAUUAUUUAGAAGAAAAUGAUUCAGAAAAGUGAAUGGCACCACAUGUGGUCCGGAAAUGCAAUAAUCAGAAAUAUCUCUGACCCGUCGUGUAAUAAGUGAAGCAGCAGUGAAUCCCAACGUUUCUCUGUCUCAACUCAAACAUGUCAACCAGAAACUCCAGCAUUAAUCUGCAGGCGGAGGCGAACGCUGCUUCUCUCAGAGGAACUGUAACAAUCUGAAGAACAUCUGAGCUGUGAGGGUUGAAUCUUUGUUUUCUGGAGUUUGUACUUAGCUUAAAGCAGAAGCUGCCGGGUCCAACGGCAGGGGAAGUUUUCUGUUCAUCCUGCUGAUCGUCUCACAUCAUCUGAUUCUGGUUCCACAUGGUAGCUGUUUGACCAACGUCUCCAUCAUAUAGAGAUAUAAGCUCAUUGUGGAAACACUGUACUUGUUCAAAUAUUCAUUUACAGGAAAUGCCCUGGAUUACUGUAUCUGUUAUAUAAUGUAAAGACAAUUUAUAGAAAUGUGUCUAUAAUAAAGUGUUAAAUAUCUCAGUACUUUUACAUGUUUAAAGAGAGACUUUUGAAUCUGGUUAUUUUUAUUAAAUGGUUGUGGUAGAAAUAUUUAGACUGUAAACCACAAACAUGAUGCUCUUUUUGUAAAGAUGCAAUGCUACUAAUAAAGUUUCUGUAUUAAUGUAAACAGGAUUUCCUGGUUUAUUAAAGGAAAGUUUUAGAUAUUUAAGUUUUAGACAUGAAAUCAUUGGUUAGCAGAUGAACACAGUCAGAAUCUCAGGCAGGUUUGACCCGUUGCUGCUCAGACGACCUUGACCUGAAGGUCAAACCCAUCCUGCUGGGCAAUGAGACACAUCCUGUGUUGCCUUCACUGACUGGAUAGAUAUACGGUUUUUCAGUUUCAAACCGGUGGGUCACCACUUGGAGCUGAAAACUGGCUGGUAGUUUCUGCACCAACAGCUGAAGCUCUGUUUGCUCCUCACUGUGCUUCCUCACCCUCCUCUUCCUCACUGCUCCUUUGGUCCCUGUUUUCCUUGCCUGGUCUGUCCGUUGGUGGACAUCUGUA